UGUUUAGAUGUUAAAACUAGAUAAAAUCUUAAAAUAUUGAAAAAUGAGGGAAAAAUACAGAGGGUUCAAAUAUCAUUUUUUUUUAAUUAUUAACACAGUUCUGCUUCAUUGCUUCCUCUCCGACUAAUAAUGAGACAAAAACAAUUAAUAACCAAACACUAAAUUAAAGUUUAGCCGUCCAUAAACCGCCCAAACCAAAUCAGAGACUUAAUUUUGAAAAAAAAAAUGCAUUCACAACUUAUCCCAUCAUUUUCAAAGAAUUCUUCAGAGCCUCCAAACAUUUUAUAAUUUAUUAAGACUUAUUUUUCAAUCUGCUGCCCAUUCAUGCGUCCCACGUGACCAUACCAAAUUACUAUUCGUGGUUGACUCUUUUGUUGAAUUUUUUCCAUUGCUUUCAUUGAUCUUUUGUCCGCGAAAUGACCGAUUUGCAAAUCACACAAAAAUUAUUUCAUCUAUUGUCGCACGGAAUUUAAACCCGAAUCAAAGUCCGCCAAGUGCAAAUGCACUCAAUUAUGUCAUUCGAUACGAGAUUAGAUACGCAAUUGACGAUUUUCCCCGGUUUACACCAAGUACAGGUGUACCAACUUGCCAAAACGCAAAAUUUGUAAACACAAACACGGUUUUUCUGGAAGAAUUUAAGACAAAAAAAAAUGUCCUUAAAAAAAUUAAAAUUAAAUCAAACAAGAUUUUAUCUUAUUUCAAGUACUAUCUUUUACCUAUAAAAGCAAUCACAAGCUUCUCAAUUUCGAACAAUGAGCAUGAGAGUGAUAACAGUGAUUUCCCUACUUCUGGGGCUCACUUUUGGAGCCCCCAGUGUCAAAAUCAUCAACGGGGGCGACGUCUUUGACAACAGCUAUCCAUACCAAGUGUCCAUCCAGACCGGUUUUCUCGCCAACCAACACCAAUGCGCCGGGACGAUAAUCAGCCCAUCAUGGGUCGUGACAUCCGCCCAUUGCGUGGGGAUCUCACUCCUGGUCUCCCGUGUCGUCGCUGGGACUUUCAAUCUCAGUAACAUCGACAAUAACCCAAAUGUACAAAUUCGAAAAAUCGACCUGUAUAAUGUUAUCAAACAUCCCGAUUUUGAUGAUGUUUCCAAUGAUAUCGCUUUGCUAAAAAUGACCAAACCUUUUGAAUUCAAUGACUAUGUCAAGCCGUUACAAAUCUCCAAAGUCCGGUGUGUUGCCGAAGACGAAUUGACUGUUUUUUCCGGGUGGGGGGGCGAAAAUCACCUCAAUUCUGUCCUACAAGCCGCCAACAUGACGGUGGUCCCCUUUGAAGAUUGUUCUAAGGCCUUUAAUAAUGCUUAUGGCGACAAUAUUGUGAUUGAGAAAGAAAUGCAUGUGUGUGUCACAGGGAACGCAGCCCCCUGUUUUUUGGAUGAAGGGGGGCCUCUUGUGCAAGAUGGCAGACUCAUAGGGCUCCUAACCUGGAUUCCUGCUCUGUGUUCUGAUAAUUAUGUUCCAGCGGUGUUCACAAGUGCAGGAUAUUUUAAGAAUUUUAUCAAAACUCACGUUCUUGAUCUCUCUUAAUUUUAAAUGUUGUAAUUUAUUUAUUUUUUUAUAUGUAAUAAAUUUUUUAUUGAAGUUAA